UCAAAUAUUUCUCUUUAUUAAGCAGCACAACAAAUAUAUACCUAAAGCUGAGAACUUGCCUAUUAGUCUUUAGCAAUAUUCUUCAACAAUGUCUCAUGCUUCUUCUUCCAAAGUUUGCAAGUACGAUAUCUUUUUGAGUUUUAGAGGUGAAGAUACGCGUAGAACCUUUGUGAGUCAUCUCUAUACGCAUCUGGAACAAAGAGGAAUCCACACUUUUAAAGAUGAUGAGCGGUUGGAAGCAGGAAAAUCAAUUUCUGCUGAACUUUUAAAAGCCAUAGAAGAGGCCAGAUUCGCUGUUGUAAUAUUUUCAAAAAGCUAUGCAUCCUCAAGAUGGUGCUUAGAGGAGCUUGCACACAUCAUAAAGUGUAAAAAGGAAUUGGAGCAGAUUGUGAUUCCAGUCUUCUAUGAUGUGAGUCCAUCAGAUGUGCGCCACCAAAAUCCGCCUUUCACUGAUUCAUUUUCCCAACACGAGGUAAAAUACAAAGGUGAUAUGGAGAAGGUUCAGAGAUGGAGGGGUGCAUUUGUGGAGGCAGGGAAAAUAUCAGGUUAUCAUUUACUAAAUUUCAAGUAA